AUGCCGAAGAAUAAGGGGAAGGGUGGCAAAAAUCGUCGACGGGGAAAGAAUGAAAAUGAGGGUCAGAAACGGGCCUUAAUAUAUCGUGAAGAGGGGCAGCAAUAUGCCAAAGUUGAACGGCUUCUUGGCAACGGACGUCUUGAGGCCUAUUGCUUCGAUGGAGUAAAGAGGUUGUGCCAUAUUAGGGGUAAAAUGCGCAAAAAGGUGUGGAUUAACAGUGGCGACAUUAUUCUUGUCAGUCUCCGAGAUUAUCAAGAUCAGAAAGCAGAUGUCAUUCUCAAGUAUCUGAAUGAUGAAGCUCGGACACUUAAAUCCAUCGGUAAGAUUCCCGAUACAGUCCAUCUAGACGAGAAUGACGAUAUCGAAUUCGAUGCUAAUGCUGCGAUGCCGGAUGAUGAUUCGGCCGGAAGGAACUCCAAUUCAGGCAUGCCUCCUUCGUCAUCGGAGGAGGAAUCUUCAGAAGAUGAGGAUGAUGAUGAAGAGGAGGAGGGUAACGAAGGUGCCCCUUUUGGUUCCCACGUCCACUACAAGGGCGAAUUCGUCGGCAACACCAAUCGGUGGGAUAACAAGAAGUCCCGCAAAAAGAACUAG